GUCAAUAAUUUCUCAAAUAUCUAAUUUUCCUUUCCACCACAAUUUGAGCGCUGUUCAGGCUCAUUAUAAGGGCGUCCACGCGUUAUUUCACCACAAGUAGGCCUGUAUGAGGACGUCUUUUUACCUCGACGAAUCUGAAAUCUGAAUGAAUCAGUAAAAGGAAACAGCGGAAAAGUGCGUGUUUAAAAAAAAAAAAAAAAAAAAAAAAAAAAAAAAAAAAAGAGAGAGAAUGACCCUGGAAUCCAUAAUGGCGUGUUGCCUCAGCGAGGAGGCGAAAGAAGCCAGGCGGAUCAACGACGAGAUCGAAAGGCAGCUCCGCCGGGAUAAGAAGGACGCACGCCGUGAACUGAAACUGUUGCUUCUCGGCACUGGGGAAAGUGGGAAGAGCACAUUCAUCAAACAAAUGAGGAUUAUCCACGGCACCGGUUACUCUGACGAGGACAAAAGGGGUUUCACCAAACUGGUCUAUCAGAACAUCUUCACAGCCAUGCAGGCCAUGAUCCGAGCUUCAGAGACCCUCAAGGUCCCCUACAAAUAUGAGCACAACAAGGGCUACGCCAACAUCGUGAGAGAGGUGGACGUAGAAAAGGUCAGCAUGUUCCAGAAUCCCUAUGUAGAUGCAAUCAAGAGCUUAUGGAAUGACCCGGGCAUCCAGGAGUGCUACGACCGAAGGAGGGAAUACCAACUCUCGGACUCCACCAAAUAUUACCUGAACGCGUUGGACCGGAUCGCCGAGCCAGCCUACCUUCCCACCCAGCAGGAUGUGUUGAGGGUUCGAGUCCCCACCACGGGCAUCAUUGAAUAUCCGUUUGACCUGCAGAGUGUCAUAUUCAGGAUGGUGGAUGUCGGAGGUCAGAGGUCAGAGAGGAGGAAGUGGAUCCACUGCUUUGAGAACGUCACCUCCAUCAUGUUCCUGGUAGCGCUCAGCGAGUACGACCAAGUUUUGGUGGAAUCGGACAAUGAGAACCGGAUGGAGGAGAGUAAAGCUCUGUUUAGGACAAUAAUCACAUACCCCUGGUUCCAAAAUUCCUCAGUCAUUCUCUUCCUCAACAAGAAGGACCUGUUGGAGGAGAAGAUCAUGUACUCUCAUCUGGUUGACUACUUCCCAGAGUAUGACGGUCCCCAGAGGGAUGCCCAAGCAGGGCGAGAGUUUAUCCUCAAGAUGUUUGUGGACCUGAAUCCAGACAGCGAUAAGAUCAUCUACUCUCACUUCACCUGUGCCACUGACACAGAGAACAUCCGUUUCGUCUUUGCCGCCGUCAAAGACACCAUCCUGCAGCUCAACCUUAAGGAGUACAACCUUGUGUAGAGCGGAGCAGGGCUGCCACCAGGAGGCCCUCAACACACACUGACUGAUGCAAUCUGUGAAAAGAUAGAUCAUAUACACACACACACAUGAAAAGAAAAUCAGAGAAAAAAAGAAAUCUAAUGGUUGCAUAAUACUAAUUUAUUUGCCAUUUGUUGAUCUCUUGGUCCCCAAGGGGUGAGCAAAGUAAAUGUUAUCUUGCUGUUUAAGGAGUUGAUGAAAUAUAGGGAGGGAAGGGGUGGGGGGCAAGAUAUUUGGAAGGAUUAGGGAGGGAUUUGCUGUUGAAUUUGUACAGCACCAAUCUUCAUUUCUAGGCUUUGCUCUUUGUGAAGUUUUGUUUUGCUUUUUGAAAAAAAAGAAACUACUUUGUGCACUCGAGGUUUGGGGGCUUGUUCUGUCUGUCAGUCUGAUAGAUCAGAGCUGCAACAAAUGCAAUGUGCUCCGUGCCUCCUGCCUUUUUAUAAACAAUGAUUCCAUUCCUUUUUAUUUUUUUUACCCUCCGACCUGUCCGUUCAUUCUGAAGCUUCAUCCUGGGCAUUCACCUGUUUUCCCAACAGGAAAUUAUGCCACAGAUCUCUAACUGAUAGUUUCCAUUUUCCUACAAAAGGGCUGAUUGGCAAGUCUCUUGAUUAAUAGUUAUAAACUGUGAUUUUGUAAAUUAUUUCAUAUUGAUUUGCUAUUAAUUGAUUUAAAUUAUUAUUAUUAUUAUUACAUUGCAUUGAUUUUGGUACCAUCCGAUGAGUAGAGCAUGUGUGACAGUCACACGAGUUCUCCAGCAUUGACAUAACCAUGAAGUUCAGAAGUUUGAGAGAAAGUUGGCUUUAAAAAAAUGCUUUGUGAGCUUUGAGUGAGCAGGUGAGGAGACACACGGGGACCUCUGCUCGGUCAUGUCAUGAAAACCAUGAUGGCGCUAGUUUCUUUACACAGACUGAAGGGAGCUGAGAAGGUGAUUAUUUAUGAGACAAUGUUGUUAAAUGAUUAUCUUCAACUGUGCCACCAACGCUUUUUUAUUAUGGCAAUAUGUAUACUUAUUGCCAAUGCCAAAACAACUCAAGCACCAGACGCCACUUUGCGCUGUUUACUACUUUUAAUGAAAGUGUGUAGGAAAGAAAAAGAGCAGGGCUGAUGAACACAGGCUUUACUGACUUAUUGAUUGAUCGACUGAUUCCUGAAAGUAUUCAACAACGCCAAUGGUAUUUCUCUCCAACCACCCCCACAGUUAGUUAGCAGGCUUUCAGAGAGGAGGAUGCCAGAAAUAACAUAAAUGUUAAAUAACAUUUAUUUUUACAAUUAACACUUGAAAAGAUAAAGGCACUUGCUUAUUGCAAGGUAGUACAAAAUGUAAACCAUGCCACGGUGUUUCAUUUUUACUUCUGUUCUUAAGAUUACAUUAAACUAAAUUAAUUUCUGCGCUAAACUGCUUGAACGGUCCAAACACAACCUUUCGCGUGGCUACAAACCCCUCCUCCUUUCCUACAGACUAUCCAGUCACAUUUUAGCUGUGUCUUUAUAGUCGUCCAAUCACAGCCCGGCUGUCUUGACUGUUGUAGUUCAUUGCAGUGGAGAAUAAAUUUGGCUAAAUGCUAUGAAAAAGGGCAAAGUGUUGAUGUUCAGUUUGUACCAAAGUAAGCCCUCCUUAUUUCUGAUUACAUUUCCCUCAUUCCCAAGUUACUUUUGAGUAUUUUUUUGUAGCAAUUCCCUAGAACAUACGCCUGUAAUUUACAUUUAUUGAGGCAUAGUGCAAUUAUGAAUGCUAUAAUCAUUGUACAUACAUCUCUAUAUAUAUAUAUAUAUAUGGCAGCAUCUUUGUUGGCUUUGUAAUCAUUACUUUUUUGGCAGAUUGAAUGUGCGGUAUUGAAAAUAUGUAUCUAUGUAAUUGUAUUGUAUGUCUAAUGGCUAAUUCAUUUUUGGAAGAAAAAAAAAUGUUAUUUACAUGUUUGUUUUUGUUUCCUUCCUUCCACUUUAAGAAGAGAAUGUAAAUUUUGUGUUUUGCCAUUUUUGUUUCUCAGCAAAGAAAUAUUGUUCAGCUUCAGAACUGCAUAAAGAGGAAUAUAAUUAUUAUACAACAACAACAACACAUUGAUUGGUAAGCCAGUAUUUACAGUAGCUGGUGUGUUAAAUUGACUUUUAUAUGAAAAACUGCAGACUGAAUCCAAUCUACAGGGCUAAUUGUAAUAGUUUAGUUUUUAACUGGCUUCAGGAACAGAGCACUUGUCAUAUAGGUGUAAUCACGUCACUCAUUGAUUCGUAUUCUUUUAUAUUUAUCUUAAUCACACAGCGUCUCAAUACGUAUUUAUUAACUUUGAGAUUUCUUAGUGUAUCGCACACCUUGUCAUCCUGAUCACCCCCUACUCCACCACCAACCACGUUAGUAGGUUUUAUUUAACAAGUAGUGCUAGAACAAGGUGGAUGGCAUGCCGGUUAAGUGUUGCUGUGGCUCAGAUUUUAUAUAAAAAUCUUAGGAUGAGAUGUAAUUAUCUGAUUGUUAGUGCAAUGCUAUCACCCUUAACACCCCCUUACAUGAACCUCCGCACUGAUAGAAACUCAGUAUUGCUGUCAGAGACAAAAGAUGACUCAACUAUUUGGCCUAAUUAGGAUGGUGCAUUUACAUGUGCUUUUAUAUUCUUUUUUUUUUUCUACCUGAUUUCCAUAUUGAAUGCCACCAAUUCAUUAGAAUGUACAGUUUUAUUUUGGACUUUAUUUAUGAAAUGACAACAUAGGAGAAAAUACACAACAGUUCACAUGUACAUAUUGCCUUAUUGAAUAAGCCGUGCCUCUGAAGUCCCAUGCAAGACACCUGUGUUUUUAUGAGAAGUGAAGCUAGUGCAGCCAAUAAUGCCCCAUUGUGCAGCUGGAAGAUCAUUUGGUUUUGGCUUGGUGUUCUCUCUUUUUGUUAUUCUGUGCUAUAAGAAGCCCUGGGAACAGCUUUGAAGUGUAAUUCAUUUAGCUAAUAUGACAUCAUUACAGGACAUUAUAAGAACAUCCUGAGUGAAUUGUAAUUGGAAAACACUUUCUGUUGAUUUCAAAAUAUUGUUGCAUCAGAUUCAUGUCUUUUAUGCCACAGUGCAUUAUAAUGGAUUGAACUGCCUGAUGCGACUAUGACUAAAUAACAUCAGGAUGUGUAGAAUGUGCCACAAUCUGGACUCUAAACCACCACCACCUGCGGAGGGGUGUUUUUGCCACAUUUGGCUAUGGUUCAGUAUCUACCAGCCACUUUGGCAGUUAACUAGCCCUUACUCAGAGGUCCUGUUGUUUUCAGAUAUUUCAGCUGGCCGGUAACAUUUCUUACAAGGAUGAUUGAUUUUGGCAGGCAACAACUACUCCAACAAGUUCAUUUCCAGCCCAAUUCAGUAUCUUUGAAGUCAAUAACCACUUAUCAACAGCAGGGCUUUAUAGGAAAAACCAACUCGUCACACAUUUCACUGAAUGUUAAGACGAUGUCAAUGUGAUUCUGCUUUUUUCCAGAGAUGUUUUGAAGCUGGACUAUAGUUUCAAUUUAUCAGUGUUGAUGAUCACUUGUAGAGUUGCAGUAAUUGCUAACAUGUGUCCCUGCUGUCGUAAAGCCCUGCUACAUAUAGGGAAAACCGUUGUUUAAACAAUUCACACACAUUGGAUUUUGUUAGAUAAAUAUGAACCACAAAGGACUGUUUUCAAGCUUUGUGAGUGACUUGUUCAUCAUCAUUACUCUAAGGGAGCACAUGUGGGUUAUAUUCAAGCUGGAUUUUCCCUUUAAGAGAGCGCAGACUGCUGUGCUGUUCAACUUAAUGCAGUAUGUUCAAGAGCAGCGCAGUUUUACUUACAGUAUAUUAAGGACUGCAGGGUUGAGUUUUUGAAAAACAACUUUUCAUAAAACUGCUCUGUUAACUCUCAGACACAUCACUUGAUUGCUUUCAUCCCAAAGAUACAGUAUGAAGUUUGAUGAUUCCUUUUGAAAUAGUGCUAUUGUGAUGAUCUCCAAACAUUAUUGUGUAAAAUGUUUCCUGUAUCCAUGAACUGUCAUUCCAACAUGUUUCUGAAUGAAACGACGUGUUUCUUUUCAAAAGUAUGUCAACUGAUGAUUUUCAUUGUAACUUUAGUGAUACAGCUAUCAUUUCUACAAUGUGGGUAAUUAAAUGCCUUUAAAUCUA